AACCGUCAGUCCGUCGUGUUUCAGUUUGCGCUUUGGCAUGCUGCUCACAAGUCUGGGCACAGGUAGCCAUGCAGCGCAUGCAACUGGUGCACCCAGCGCAGGUCCAGCAGGCGGUGCAGGCUUGGCAGCAAAUGAUGCCGCCUACAACCUAUUGGCCGCCGGUGCAGACGGUGGGGGCGAAGCAGACGCCUCGUUCUCGCUCACCGCCAGAAGAAGUGAAGCUCUCUGACUUUGAGAUCCUGGAUGGUGCUGGUGGCCGCUCCUUGGGCAAAGGAUCCUUCGGCGUGGUGCGGCGUAUCCGGCGCAAGGGGACGGAUGACGUUUAUGCGCUGAAGACGAUGCAGAAGAUGGAGGUGGUGAGCGGGCAGCUUGUGGAGCAGGUCGAGCGGGAGAUCCAGGUGCAGAGGAACCUGAAGCAUGAGAACGUGCUUCGCCUUUACAAACACUUCGAGGACGAGGAUACAGUGUAUUUGCUUCUGGAGUACUGUGCCAAGGGGGAACUGUACCAGCUUCUCAGGACGCAAAAGGGCCGCAAGUUCAACGAGCAGAUGUCGAAGCACUUCUUCGUACAGCUCGUGCGGGGGCUGAAGUACCUUCACUCCUAUCACAUUGUGCACCGGGACCUGAAGCCGGAGAACCUCCUGAUCACUCACGACGAUGUGCUGAAGAUUGGAGACUUCGGCUGGUGCGCUGCUACCACUGUGCCCCGCACCACCUUCUGCGGGACCAUGGAUUACUUGGCGCCCGAAAUGAUCCAGG